CGAAUGUAUAAAAUGUGGCUGAGAUAUUCUCAGAGGACAGAAGCAGUGAAAGAUUGAUCCUGAACUGUCUCAAAGAAACUGAAGUUGUCAACUCAGCAUCUUAAAUCUGAAGACCAUGGGCGUCAAAGUAACAUGUGCUCUUGCAAUGGUCCUGUGCUUCUGCGCAUUCGUUUAUUCAACUCCUGUAGUGAAAAAGUGUGAGAAGAUGGACACUGGCGACAUGGUGGAGGAGGACUGUGAAGAUGGGACAGGGGUGUCCUCGGUGCCAGGGGAGACGGACAACGUCUUCGUCGGCGUUGAUCUAAAGGGCCGUCGUGUGUUCAAGAUGGGCGGAAACGACACCUGCUACAUUGACUCCGAUCCUGCUCCCCUUCCAGACUAUGUCGAAGAGGCCAGAAUGGACCAAUCAAAGACGGCGGUGGAGGUGACUGAUCAAGCAGUGUUGGACAGUGUCAAGCAAUGGUGCACAGGCGAGGUCUACCUUCUGGUAGAAGAUGGCAGUGAUGAUGUUGCAGGCCGACACAAGCGAGCCAUCUGCUACAGGCUGCGCUGCAGAUACUUUAUCUACCGUAGACGUCUGUAUCGCCACUGCGUCCUGUAUCUGCGGAGAUGUUAGAACACGCGGACACGACAACGGAUUGCAUAUCCUCUGAAAAAACAUCGACAUAUUGAAAAUAUAUAUUUAAAAAAUUGACUUACUGAAAAAUCCUGACAUGAGUGCGUUACCUUGGCACAAACAAACCAUAUUCAUAAUUAUAUCUGAUACUUCAUGGUUGUUCUGGACGAUGGGGUAGCCAGUGGUUAAAGCGUUUCCUCGUAACGCCGAAGGCCCGGGUUCGAUUCUCUGCUUGGGUUCAAUGUGUGAAUCCCAUUUCGAUUGUCCCCCGCCGUGAUAUUGCUGGAAUAUUGCUAAAAGCGGCGUAAAACCUAAUUCACGCCCUCACUCAUGGUUGUUAUUGGUAUUAGUCCGAUUGCGUCCGAAAAAGACAUGACACCUGUGUAAAUUCAUCGUCGAUUGUUGAAUAAAGUUUUUGUUCAAAGGAA